AUGACCGCUCAUAAAAGCUCCAACCUUGAUAGAGUGACCCGCUCCGCCGCAAGGCGAUCCACAGGCUCCGCCGACGACAACACGCCCAACCCCAAUCCCCCACCUCCACCACCUCCACCACCGCCUACCCGCGCGCCUGCCUCAAAUCGUAAGAGGAAGACCGCUCCGCCCAGCUCAAGCCCGGAGCCGGAAGCAGAGCAAGAGGAAGAAGCACCUGCUCGAAGCAGCCGUGCUAAGCGCACCAAAGUCGACUCUCAGAAGAAGCACGCUCGCUCGAAGAAGGCCAAGGGCAAAGCCGCCAUGUCUGCCGCCGAGUCUGUGCCAACAGCCCCGCAAGAGGACGUCAGACUGACAUCAGACAGCCAAUCGAACAAUCCUACAGACGAGAAGAUGAGCACGCCACAGCCCUCAUCGGCACGACGAAAGGGCGCCCGCAAGAACGACGGCUCGCGGCGGAACCCCAAAACGCCCGGCAACGACGCCGACCCCGACGCUCCUUCCACAUCGCUACGAAGCUCACGCAAGGCAAACAAUGCCGAGGAAGACACCGCCAUGGAGGAUGCGCCAGAAGAGCAAGAAGACGAGACACGGCCUCCAGGCGAGGACAGCGAUGAAGACGACGAGGAAGGUCCUGGUGGUCGCUAUGAUGAGGAUGACGAUGAGGAUGAUGACGACGACGACGAUCCGUUCUCGUCAGGCUUCCUUGGUCGUAAUCCACACAGUCUUGCAGCUCUGCGGCAGCUGACAGGCAUGAUGUCAGGCACCACCCAGCGGCUGCGAGGCAUCCUAGAGCAACUUCGAUCGGUGGACGUCACAAUGCAGCUAGUAGCUCUGCAAGAACUGUCUGAAACAACCUGGCUGGCCAUCUUCGCCCCCGAUGCGUACGUGAAGGAACUGGUCAAGCUCAUGCAGCCGAACGAAUUUACAGGCGAAGAGAAUCCCGAGGUCAUGCUCCUCGCAUGUCGUUGCCUCGCCAACCUGAUGGAGGCUCUCCCAGCGGCGACGGCAAACAUCGUCUAUGGAGGCGCUGUGCCAGUCUUGUGCUCCAAGCUGUUGGAGAUUGGCUUUAUUGAUCUGGCUGAGCAGUGUCUAAGCACUCUGGAGAAGAUCUCUGUCGAGUUUCCUUCAUCGAUCGUACGCGAGGGUGGCCUGACGGCGUGCCUCACGUUUCUCGACUUCUUCGCAACGAGCACGCAGCGCACGGCAGUCACGACUGCUGCCAACUGCUGCCGCAACAUUCCUGAGGACUCUUUCCCGACCGUCCGCGACGUAAUGCCUGUGCUCGAGAACAUCUUGAACAACAACAGCGAUCAGAAGGUGGUGGAGCAAGCCUGUAUCUGCGUUUCACGUAUUGUACAGAGCUUCCGGCAUCAGGAGAGCAAGCUUGAAGAGCUUGUCAGCAAAGGGCUGCUCAAGGCUAUUCUGCGAUUACUGCUGCCUGGAUCCACCAAUAUGAUUGGUCACAAUAUCCACACCCAGUUCCUUCAAGUGCUUGCAUACACUGCGAAAGCCAGUCCAACGCUGUCCGCUGAGCUCUUGAAAAUGAACGUUGUGGAUACCCUGUACCAGAUUCUCACAGGAGUUUCGCCUCCAUCGGGUGCCGAAGACGUUGCAGCCAAGAUCGACUCUGUGGUCAUCAUGCAGGCGCUUAUCCACCGACCCAAGGACCAAGUGUACGAGACUCUGAACGUCAUCUGCGAACUUCUCCCAGAUGUACCCAAGGAUGGCCUGCUCUACCUCGACGACCUCAGAGAUGCCGGGUACCCCGGCAAUGAACCCCAGCCGCUGUCUACUGAGAACAAGCAAACGUCAAACGAGAAGCGCAUCGAGCUACUGGAGGGUUGCAAGCCCGAAGUUAAGCGCUUCGCUGUUAUCCUUCUCCCCACCCUCACAGAUGCUUACUCGAGCACGGUAAACCUUGGUGUGCGAGAGAAGGUCUUGUCUGCUCAAUUGAAGAUGCUGUCAAAUCUAGACACAGACAUCUUGGAGGAAGCCCUGCGCUCGGUGCCAUACGCCUCGUAUCUCGCUUCCAUCUUCUCACAGCAAGAUCACCCUAGUCUGGUCACAUAUGCACUCCAGGCAGCUGAGCUGUUACUUAAGCGGCUGGAAUCAAUCUAUCGCUAUCAGUUCUAUCGCGAAGGUGUCAUUUCGGAGAUUUCGCAUCUAGCCAAUCGCCCGUCACGAACUCCCGAAGUUCAAACUAAGCCCAAGACAACCUUAGAGAUUGAGGAGGCAGCUGAGUCUGCCCCAAGUUCGAGCUCUUCUGGUGGUGAUCUUGACAUGGAGCAAGAGCCGAUCCAAGAUGUCGAGAUAGAAACACAAUCUGAGGAUGGCGACGACGACGACGGCGAGAACGAGGGUCGCAUUGAAACCCACGACAUGCAAGAUGAUGACGAUGAUUCUGAUUCUUCCUCUUCCUCCGAUCGGCCCGAGCCUCCCGUGGUGCAAAACAUUGAGGACAUCAUCACUCUACGAGCCAAGAAGUUCCUCGAGGUCCAUGAAAAGGACAGCGACAAGCCCAUUCGCGACAAGGCGUCGGCUGUCCUGGAAGACCUCAAAUCGCUCGCAAAGGAGAUUCGCGGAUGUAUCCAAGAGGGCACGCAGAGUAAGUGCACGGAACUGUUUACACGACUUGCAAACUACUUUGAAGGCGAUGCGCUGGACAGUAUCACCAGCUAUGAGUUGAAGUCUUCCAAGAUCGUGGAUGUGCUGCUCGAAGUCUUCUCCACAGCCUCACCUCUCAGUAGCGUCGACCAUCGAGCGAUAUUUCUGGAGGUUUUCAUGGGACGUAGCAGCCAGGCGAAGAUCAAGACUGCAAGUAGCGCGUCGCCAGCGACACCGUUCAGCUCAUUGGUCAACAAGCUCCAGGACCUUUUGAGUAGAUCGGAGCAUUUCGAAGUCUUCACCGUCCAUCAGCAUGCGCACGACGGCCGUGGUGGUGCUACUUCCAUGCUAGCCAAGCAACUCCGACUAAAGCUUGUGGCUGAUGAGGACUCUGGCAUUCCCAAGUCGUAUCGAAACAUCAUGGUAUCAAUUCACGCAAUCGCCAUGUUUAAGGCACUGGACGAUUAUCUGCGACCUCGCAUUAGCGCCUCUGAGCGUCCUCGGGGCUCGCGAACACGGGAUCAGUUUGCAGCGUAUGCUCAGGCUCUCGCCGAAGGCCGUGCCCCACCGCCACCACAUACACCUACUGAUUCUACGAGCCGACAGGCAAAGAAAGCGGCAAAGUCAAAGUCAAGCCCCAGCGACGACUCUCAAGCGGGACCCAGCUCUGCGACGAGAGACAAGACCCGCCGAUCGAGCAGACGCCAGCAGAAUCAACUACCACCACCACCUCCACCACCUCCGGUAAUCCCUCGCUCAAACGACGACCAAGAUCAGGUAGAAUGUGCAGAUGAAGAGCGCUUGUCUGACGACGAAUCCAUGGCCGAUACCAGCGCCCUAAAUGCGAUCGUGGAUGAUCUGGAAGAAGAGCUUGACGAGGAUACGCAUGAUCCGUCUGCAGUUAGUGUAGAGGUUGCGCCCACUGGAAAGGCUACCGCUCGCAAAGAGGAUGGCACUAGAAUUUCUACCCCAGUGCAAGGCACCCCCAUGGCCAAGCCUCCCUCAGAGACCCGCACGCCGUCAUCUCGAUUGUCAGCUCUGCUCCAAGACUCCGCUCUGCAACGACUCGGAAAUGCCGCGAGCGCGCUUUCCUAUGCAGCUGCGGUCCAGUCGACGCCACAAGAUUGGCACAUUGAGUUCAGCGUCAAUGAUCAACCAAUCUCGAACGACACAACCAUUUACCGUGCUGUACAUUUCAGUCAGUCUCAGCCCCCAGAGAUUGCACAUCGAACCGUAUGGAAUGCAGUCCACACCAUCAAGUUCAAGCGCGUUCAAGGCCCGCCUCCAACUGAGUCAAGCUCGCUUACGCCACCCCCGGAGUCCGCAUCUGAGGCCUCAGGAAUGCCAGCAUCCUUAGAUCAACAUCCUGUGACAUCUGGUAUUCUACGUCUGUUGAGCAUACUUCACGGCUUGAACGCUCAUUUGGAUGACAUCCUGUCCGACAACAAGGAUCAGAUCAAACACAACGCAGAGCCACUUUCACAAUUCGUCAAUACAAAGUUGACAGCCAAGCUCAAUCGCCAAUUAGAAGAGCCGCUGAUAGUAGCGAGCAAUUGCCUGCCAACUUGGAGCGAAGACUUGGCUCGCUUCUAUCCCUUCCUCUUUCCCUUCGAGACCAGGCAUCUGUUUGUCCAGUCGACCUCCUUCGGCUACUCCCGUUCCAUGACCAGAUGGCAGAACUCGCAGCCAGCGAACGACUCGCGACGUGACCGUCACCGUGAUGAGCGUCCGUUCCUGGGCCGGCUCCAACGUCAGAAGGUCCGCAUCUCGCGCUCGCGCAUCUUGGAGUCAGCGAUGAAGGUCAUGCAGCUGUACGGAAGCUCGACCAGCCUCUUAGAAGUAGAGUAUUUUGAGGAGGUUGGCACUGGACUGGGUCCCACACUGGAGUUUUACUCCACCGUGUCCCGAGAGUUCUCAAAGAAGAAGCUCAAGCUGUGGCGAGAAAACGAAUCUUCGGAAGGCGAAUAUGCGUUUGGCAAACGUGGACUUUUCCCAGCUCCUAUGAGUGCAGCAGAGGCUGCAUCUAUCAAUGGCGAGCGGCGGCUGGAGCUGUUCAAGACUCUUGGCAAAUUCGUCGCUAGGUCAAUGAUGGACUCGCGCAUCAUCGACGUGUCGUUCAAUCCUACGUUCUUCCGCAUCGGUGAUAGCGACACCACAGUCCUCCCCUCUUUGGGGGCUAUCAAGUCGGUCGAUGAGGGGCUCGCAAAAUCGCUCAAUCUCCUCAAACAGUUCGCAGACGCGAAGUAUCUUGUGGACACAAACGACAGUUUGACAUCUGCGGAGAAGACGCAGGCGUUGAAGGACAUCCUCGUUCAGGACUGCCGGGUUGAGGAUCUUGCCUUGGACUUUACUCUUCCUGGAUACGAUACGAUCGAACUCAUCGACAAUGGCGCCAAUACGGCCGUUACGAUCAACAACGUUGACAAAUACUUCGAACAUGUGUUGGACUUCACACUCGGGUCGGGAGUGCAACGCCAAGUAGAUGCGUUUAGGGUUGGGUUCAGCGAGGUGUUCCCCUACUCAGCUUUGAAGGCGUUCACGCCAGAUGAGCUAGUCAUGCUUUUCGGUAGGACCGACGAGGAUUGGACUCUCGAAACUCUCAUGGACUCGAUCAAGGCGGACCAUGGCUACAAUCUCGACAGCAAGAGCGUGCGCAACCUCCUCCAGACAAUGAGUGAAUUUAAAGACCAGCAGCGGAGGGACUUCCUGCAAUUCAUCACCGGCAGUCCGAAGCUGCCUAUUGGAGGUUUCAAGAACCUCACGCCCAUGUUCACGGUCGUUUGCAAGCCAAGCGAACCACCAUACUCGUCGGACGAUUAUCUGCCCUCGGUCAUGACGUGUGUCAACUACCUCAAAAUGCCAGACUACAGCACCGUGGACAUUUUGCGCGAGAAGCUCAGUGUGGCUAUCAGGGAGGGCCAGGGCGCUUUCCAUCUUUCUUAA